AUGGACGCCGCGCCGCUGCCCCCGGGCCCGCGCCCCGACACGAGCGGCGUCCUGCAGCAGAUCAUGGCCGUCACCUACCAGAGCCUGGACGAGGCACAGGCCAGCAAGCACGCCCUGAACUGCCAUCGGAUGCAGCCAGCUCUCUUCAGCGUGUUCUGCGAGAUCAAGGAAAAGGCAGUGGUGAGCAUCUGCGGCCCCCAGGAAGAGGAGCCCCCCGGCGCCCAGCUCCUGCAGCUGGAUAGCAUGCUGCUGGCCGAGGGCGUGGCCGGCGCGGCGGCCCCCGGUGGCUGUCCGAACGGCGGUCGCGCUGAGCACUUGGACUACAGGGCCCAGCUGGCCCAGAUCCGGCAGAUGUACCACUCAGAGCUAGAGAAAUAUGAACAGGCCUGCGGCGAGUUCACCACGCACGUCACCCACCUGCUCCGGGAGCAGGGCAGGAUGAGGCCCGUGUCCGCCCUGGAGGUGGGGCGCAUGGUGGGCGUCAUCCGGGGCAGGUUCCGCGCCAUCCAGACGCAGCUGAAGCAGAGCACCUGCGAGGCCGUGAUGACCCUGCGCUCGCGGUUCCUGGAUGCCAGGCGGAAGCGGCGCAACUUCAGCAAGUGGGCGACGGGGGUGCUGAACGAGUACUUCUACUCCCACCUAAGCAGCCCGUACCCCAGCGAGGAGGCCAAGGAGGAGCUGGCCAGGAAGGGCGGCAUCACCGUCUCCCAGGUCUCCAACUGGUUCGGCAACAAGAGGAUCCGCUAUAAAAAGAACACGAGCAAGUUCCAGGAGGAGGCCGCCACGUACGCCGGGAGAGCAGCCCCGGACGCCCCCGACGUCGGGGUCCCGCCGCUGCCCGGCCCCGCUCCCCCUGCCCCCUUCCCACUGCUGGCCAGCGCUGGAGACGUGUUUCUGAGCCUGCGGACGCUGGCCUCCCUCCAGCCGCCUCCAGGGGGCGCUUGCCUGCAGUCCCAGGAUGACGGCGCCGGGGGUGGGGGCGCCGUGCCCCAGAAGAGGCUGUGUGGGUCCCCGGGCCCACAGGGCCACCCUGGGCGCUCCCCUCCUCUCCGGAACUCAGGCCCACCACCGAGGCCAGAGCGCCUGGUCACUGCUCUCAGAGCGGUGGCCCUGGCGCCUUCCCCAGGGGCAGGGGGCCGGCCCCCCGCCGUCGCCCACCUCCAGCGCUGGAGCAUCCAUCUGAGUGUGGGGACGAGCAAGACAGGGCCACCCCCCCCCCCAAGCCCCCGUGAGCGCGCAGACGGCGACCUCAGAGGCCCAGGGCAUCGGGAUGUGGCCCCCACGCGCCCGCCAGCCACGGGAUGGACAGCGGCGUCUUUACGAGGCCGGCAGAGCGGCAGGAGCCGGGCCCUUGACCAAGAGUCCCUGCCGGGCCGGGAGCCCCCGCCCCCGCCCCCGCCCGGCCUGCUGGCGCUGUGCUGA